UCAGAAGGACUAGACUGUGCAUUGUUGAGAAGAAAUGGAUUGAUUAGCCAAUAGGCCCAAUACUCCAUCGCUAAGCUGACGAUGCCGUUCGUCUCAGCUUCUAUAAAAUCUCCUUAUGGCAGGUCUUACAAUCACUUUGAGAUCCGCCUAGAAAUUUCGGAAGACAGAAGUAUCCCUCUCGAGAUUUCCUCCACUUGGCCACAAGAAAUUCAAAUUAUUUGAAAAGUACUAGUAGUUUGCUGGGAGAAGAGACUGCGAGUGCAAUGGGGGAGAAAACGAGUGGCAUGGUGUACCUUCACCAGUUCCCUCGCUGCACGAAGGGGCCUAAUAUCUCACCGUUCUGUCUGAAGAUGGAAACGUUCCUGCGAAUGGCCAAGAUUGACUACGAAGCAAUUGGGUCGUUGACGAUGGGGCCGAAGGGGAAAGUACCUUUCAUUGUUCUGGACGGAGAGACCGUGGCCGAUUCGGACUUCAUCAUUGAAUUUCUGAUAAAGCGCUUCAAUCUGACGAUGAAUGAUCACCUUGAUGAGAGGCAGAAAGCUGUCGCACACGCCAUGGAACAGAUGCUGGAAGAAAACACGAUUUGGACGCUGGGCUAUCACAUGCUGAACGACCGCUGCCUGGAGGAUACGCCGGGCCUGAUGUUCCUGAACCCGGGCAUGCUCAAGUCGCUGGCGUUCAAGAUGUACGGCAGCAUGCGUCUCUCAAAGAACCUGCACGCGCAGGGCAUGGGCCGACAUUCGGGCGACGAGGUGGCCACCAUCGUACGCAAGGACCUCGGCAGCGUGUCGACACUGCUCGGGAAGAAUCGCUACGUGAUGGGCGACAAGGUGACGACGUAUGACGCCGCGGUGUUCGCCCUUCUGGCCUCGUUCUACUAUACGGCACCGCUCUCGCUUCAGUACCAGCUGAUGAACGACGAGUACAGUAACCUGGGGGAUUACGUCAAGCGCAUGCGCGAGGAGUUCUAUCCGGAUUGGGACGAGCUGACGCUGAAGUGAUCUGCGACACUGAGCGCUGAUCCUGUUGUCUGCAUCAUGCCAUGCAUGGUCAUGCUAACAGCCGAUACUGAGCCUCUCCGGAGCCUCUUCUCCCUAAUGCGAGCAUGCAAACUGGCCAAGGCUCGCCUAGUACAUUUUGCCCAUGUCUUCACAAUUUCAGAAUAUAUUUGAACUGCUUUUGUCCAGGGUUUUGAAACUGACCUGUCACGAAUAUACAACAUGUAAUAGAAUAGCUGACUCAAAGGUUUUAUUAUUAGUAUUGUCAGAAAUGCCAUUUGUACUUGCCGCACUGGUAAUCAUUAUAUUGUUGACUCGUUAUUUUAGCCGAGUUGUCGCUACGCGUUAUGCUCAGCUUGUGUGUGUGUGCGUGUGUGUGUGUGUGUGUGUAUGUGUGUACAUGUGCAUCCUUGGAGUGUAGAAAACGUUUAUAAUUUGAAGUACGCGUUCACAGACAGAACCUUUCCUUCUUGA